AGGUGUCAUGGCUGCCUACGGAAUCUAGAAGAGUUUGCAUCAGUAGUGAGGAAGGUCCGAGGCCCACGUCCCAAGACCUAGCGAAGUAAAGUUGCGUUUUGGUUGGUUAAGGUGACAGUUUCUCCAAUUCCUCGAUGGUGGCGUCCGGGAGCGGUAUGGCUCAGAAAACCUGGGAAUUGGCCAACAACACGCAGGAAGCCCAAAGUAUCAUUGAAAUCUACAAAUACGACAAAAAACAGCAGCAAGAAAUCCUGGCAGCGAAGCCCUGGACUAAGGAUCACCAUUACUUUAAGUACUGUAAAAUCUCAGCACUGGCUCUGUUGAAAAUGGUGAUGCAUGCCAGAUCAGGAGGCAACCUGGAAGUGAUGGGUUUGAUGCUUGGAAAGGUGGAUGGUGAAACCAUGAUCAUUAUGGACAGUUUUGCUCUGCCUGUAGAGGGCACUGAAACCCGAGUAAAUGCUCAAGCUGCUGCAUAUGAGUACAUGGCCGCAUACAUAGAAAAUGCCAAACAGGUUGGCCGCCUUGAGAAUGCAAUUGGCUGGUAUCACAGCCACCCUGGGUAUGGCGGUAGGCUUUCUGGGAUUGAUGUCUGCACACAGAUGUUGAACCAGCAGUUCCAGGAACCUUUUGCAGCAGUUGUGAUUGAUCCAACAAGAACAAUAUCUGCAGGGAAAGUGAAUCUUGGAGCUUUUAGGACAUACCCAAAGGGCUAUAAACCUCCUGAUGAAGGACCUUCUGAAUAUCAAACUAUCCCACUAAAUAAAAUAGAAGAUUUUGGUGUACAUUGUAAACAAUACUAUGCCUUAGAAGUCUCAUAUUUCAAGUCAUCUUUGGAUCGAAAAUUACUUGAGCUGUUAUGGAAUAAAUACUGGGUGAAUACGCUGAGUUCCUCUAGCUUACUUACUAAUGCAGACUAUACCACUGGUCAAGUGUUUGAUUUAUCUGAAAAGUUAGAACAGUCAGAAGCCCAACUGGGCCGAGGAAGUUUCAUGUUGGGUUUAGAAACACAUGACCAAAAGUCAGAAGACAAACUUGCCAAAGCUACAAGAGACAGCUGUAAAACCACCAUAGAAGCCAUCCAUGGACUGAUGUCUCAGAUUAUUAAGGAUAAACUAUUUAAUCAAAUUAACAUCGCUUAAACAGUCCCUGAGUAGUGCUUUUGGCUGAAAGCUGGUAUGUGAAAAAUAUUCAAGUAACACUUUUAAAAACCAGUUACCAAAAACCUGAUUAGAAGUAUAAGGUGCUCUGAAGUGUCCUGAAUAUUAACAUCAUAUAAUAAAACCAUAAAAUG